CCAAUUAGAAACCUUUGGAUAUUGAUAGCAUCGAUAUUGAUUCAAUCCCUAUCAUAAUUCAUCAAAAUGAGAUUAUAAGGCCUGCAUUGAACAUGAGCUAUUUGAAUUCAAAUUCUACAAUUACUUCAGCUUCAUUAUCCCAAGAUUGUUCUGCUUAUAUACCUGAUUUGAGUGGAAGCAUGGAUUUCUCAGCUAAUACAAUCAACAUCUCAAAUGAUGUCGAAAAUCCUACGACAGAUACUUCAACGGACUUCGAGAAGUCUCUUCUGGUGAAUAAACCUGGACACAGUGCUCCAGAUGACAACAACAUGUAUGUGAAUACGGUAGAGUCAGGAAGAAAAAAAGAUCAUUGUAUCUUCUGUCGAACUGAGCAGGCCAAACUGAGUCAGCAUUUGAUAAGAAAACACAAAAAUGAAGAAAAAAUAAGAGAAAUUCUUAGUCACGAAAUAGGAAGCAAGAGAAGAAAGGAAUUAUUUGCAGCGAUUCGUAAGAAUGGCCAAUUUUUCUUCAAUACGAGUGAAAUGGUAAAUACUGGCGAGCGUAAAGUAGCCAGACGUCCGAGUGCAAAAUAUAAUAAAAAGCCCGUUGAUUUCGUGUCUUGCCCCUCUUGCUGUGGCGAUUAUGCCAAAUCAGCAUUCAGAAGGCAUUUCCAGCGGUGUAAUAAAUCUGGAAUCAAGAAUAAGAGGAAUAAUUUAAUAAAAUCUAGACAAAUAGUAGGAAGGAUCCAUAGAAGCGCCAGCGACAUCCUAAGGAAAAGCGUGUUUCCGACAUUGACUGAGGACUCAAAAGAAAUCAGAUAUGAUGAGUUGGUCAUUUUAUUUGGAAACAAGUUAUGCCAAAAAUAUAAGGACCCUCAUUUUUACGACAUGAUUAGACAGAAACUCCGCCAACUAGGACGUUUUCUAAUAGAAAUAAAAAAGAUUAAUGAUGACGUAGAUUAUUUGUUCGAUGUAUAUUACCCAAAAAAUUACGAUUCGGCAAUAACUGCUGUGCAGAACUUGGCUGGAAUGAACGAAUGA